AAUAUCACAAAUUGCGAAGGAGGUCGCCUGAGCUGCGUUGCUUGGGUCUUCAUGCAUAGUGCACGCUUUGUAUCAAGAGAGCCUUGAUAUGUACCUCUGUAUUAUGCUGCAUAUGUUGAUCGUUAGCGCGGACUAAUUGUUGCGGCGGCGGUCGUUGUGACACAUAUGGGGAAGCGCCAGCGCCAGCGCGCGGGCCAACCUGAGCCUGAAACAAGCAUCAGGCAUACAAGCAGCUUACAACUAGGAUGUGAUGCUCACAAAGAUGGCCCUCGGGACCUGAAACGUCGCUUCCAAUCGCCAGACGCCUACGUUCUCAAGGCGGGCACGGCAAAGCUCCACAAAGGACAUACAGGCGGCGAUGUGGCCGCUGCGCGAUCAAUUCGUUCGUCGGCGUGGUCUUGGCGCGGCGGCCCCAAGCACUCCAACUCUGGGCCGGCCGUCGCCGCGAGCCCCGCUCCCUCGCCCUGGAACCAUGUCAGCAGCAAGGCGGUGCCGGCGUCUGCAUUGCCAACGUUAUGGCUAGGAGUGGGCCUGCUCCCCAGUGCGAAGGCGGCCGUCACCGCAGCGGCCCAGAUGCUGAGGUCUGCGGUGGCGUGGCCAACCCCUGCACGCCACGACGGCCCCGCCCAGACGCAGAAACAGAAGCCGCACGGCAAGGGCGGCCAUGCAGCAGCUACCAGUGCGCAGCUGGCGCCCAGCAUCUCGAAAUUCCUAGCAUCCAACUCCAGGUCGGAGCUAGCGCUGCACCCGCCCAACUCCAAAGCAGCCAGGGCCGUGAGCAGCACGGCCGAGAGGGCCCGGAGGGCUGUUGGGGCCUCCGGGCCGGCUGCCUCGCCUCGCUCCAGCUCUGACCCACCGCCGCAGCCGGCCGCCUCCUCGGGCUCAGCGCUGGCCCCAUCACCUGCCGCCGACAGCGUCAAGGGCACAGCCACGGCCACCAGCGCGCCCUUCGCGGACUCGGCCGCUGGCUCAGCCGCCAAGCGCCGGCGCAAGCUCCUCCGCGCCGCCGGCCGCCUCCUGCCAGCCGGCGUUGCCGCGCCAGCAGCACCUGGGCACGCAGACGCGGCAGCCGAGCCCGCGCACACACGGGAAGCAGAGGUUGCAGCAGGUUCAGCGGCUGGGGCGGCAGUGCGGUCUGGUGGCGGGGCAGCAGCUGCGAGAACUGCAGCGGCGCCGCCCGCCCGCUGCAGCUCGAGUGCGGCGGCGGCAGCGGCGCCAACGGCAGCAGUGCCCAGGAAGGCUGCGGCGGAGGCGGCAGUAGCAGCCGGCGGCUGCUCGGCGGCAGUAGCCGCCCGCCGGGACUCGGGGGUCCCCCUGGCGCUGCAGGUGGCUGCGGGAGGGCGGCUGCCGCGGCUGGAGGCGCUGCGGGCCCGGCGGCCGCGGCCCAAGGACGGAGAGGUGGUGGCCAAAGUGCGGGACGGCGCGCCUGCCAACACGCUGGACCUGACCGCCGCCGACCUGCGGCGCCUGCUGCUGCCAGACGCCUGGCUGUCCGACCAGCCCGUCAACUUCUACAUGCUGCUCAUACGGAAGCGCCACGAUGAGGCAAUGGCUGCGCUCGUAGCAGCGGCGGCGCCAGCAGCAGCAGCGGCUGUGCCAGCAGCAGCAGCGGCGCCAGCAGCAGCAGCAGCAGCAGGUGCGGCUGCGGCGACAGCACCAGCAGCAGCGGCUGCAGCGACGGCGGUGUCAGCACCAGUGGCGCCGCUUGGUAGCGGCACCGCGCAGGUGGUGGCAGGCGGGCCCACCGCAGGGCAGGUGGUAGCAGGCGGGUCCACCGCAGGGCAGGUGGUGGCAGGCGGGCCCGGCUGCGGCGGCAGCACUGCGUCCCCGUCUGCACCAGGUGGACCAGCGGCGGCGGCGGCGGUGCCCGCGGCAGACGCCGCGGCACGCACCGCGCGGCCGCACCUUAAAGCCGUCAGCAAGCGCGAGGUGGUGAGCCGCGAGGCGCCUGUGCCUGAUACAGCCUCUAAGGUUAAGGCUCAAAGCAAGGCGGCGCUUACGGCGGGUGUGCGGCCGGAGGCGACUGCACAGGUGACUGCGCAGGCGAUUGCAGAGCCGGAGGCAAAGCCGCGGGCGAAGCCGGAGGCAAAGCCCGAGGCAAAGCCCGAGGCAACGCCCGACGCAAAGCCGGAGGCAAGCUGGUGCAGCAAGCCGGGCGUGCAGCAACCGCUGGACAAACAGCAGCUGAAGCGGGAGCGGCGACGAAAGCAGAAGCUGGCGCGAAAGCUGAAGAAGAGGGCACAGGCAGCGUUGAAGGCGCAGCCCGAGCAGCGGUCAAGUGCGGAUGGGCGGGUGGAGGCAGCGCCGGAGGUGGUGGCGCGAAAACGGGCGCGCGUGGAGGGCUCAGUGGGGGCAGGGCCUGCCCUUGCGGCGUCUUCGGAGCAGCUGGCACCGACAACAGAGCAAAAGUGCGACACGGGUGCUGCCGGUGCUGCUGCUGCCGCUGAAGUGGCGGCGGCGCUAGCUGCAGCAUCCGCGGCUACAGCGGCGCAUGCGGCCGCGUGUGCCGCUGGUGGGAUCGGCGGCGGCGGCACCGGCUCUGCCGCGCCCUCCAGCACGCCCAGGCCUAAGCGCAAACGGGAGGCGGCAGCCGCAGCCGCAGGUGCAUCUACCGACGUCGGAGAGCCGGCGGCGCCAGCAGCGGCGCCAGCAGCGGCACCGGCGGCGCCAGCAGCAGCAGCAGCAUCCUCAACAGCAGCAUCUGGCGCCGACGCAGGAAGCGACCUGUCUGCCCCUUCAACCGCUGCGCCCGCGCCCAUCGCCGCCGCGACUGCCGUCGCGGAGGCGCAGCCUCCGCCUCCGCCGCAGACAGAGGCGGCGGCGCAGCCUCCGCCGCCGCUGCUGUCACCCACACCGCGGGUGCAUGCGUUCAACAGCUUCUUCUUCGCCUGCCUGACGGGGCACGGCCGCAGCCGGGCGGCGCUGGACUACGAGGGGGUGCGGCGCUGGACGCUGACGAAGCGCACCUACAGCGCCGACUGCGUGCUGGAGCGGGAGCUACUGCUGUUCCCCAUCAAUCACGGCAACACGCACUGGUGCCUGGCGGCGGUGUGGCCGCGGCGGCGCCUGCUGCAGUACUACGACAGCCUGGGCGGCGGCGCGGCCACGGCGCGAUGGGUGCUGGGCAGCCUGCUGAGGUGGCUGGCCUGGGACCUGCAGGACAAGGGAGCAGACAUCGGGCUGGCUCCAGAGGCGUUGAAGGCGGUCGCGGCGCCGCGGCCGGCGGCAGCAAGAGCAGGCGCAGGCGCGGCGUCUUCUGCAGCGGGUCGGGGGCACGGCAUCAAGGCCACCAAGCCGGGCACGGCUGCGGGGGCCAAGCGCGCAGCAGCGGCGCGGGAGGCGGAGGCGGCGAAGCAGGCGGAGGCGGAGGUGGCCGCGCUGGUGGCGGCGGGCGGCUGGAAGCUGGAGCACGUGACCGGGAAGCUGCCGCGACAGCUGGACGGCACCAGCUGCGGCCUGUUCGUGUGUGCCUACGCCGAGCUGCUGGCACGUGGCGUCACGCCGGAGCGCUUCCGCUUCGCCCAGAGCGACAUGAGCGCCAUCCGCCGGGGCGUGGCGGAGCAGAUCCUGCGCAGCAGCCUGUGAGGCCCUGUGUGGAUGUGAGGCUUCGAGGUAUGGGUUUGUACGAGGCUGCGCGACCUUGCGGCCGUGUGUGGUUGCGAGGGCGUGUGCUACUGUGAGGCUGUGUGGUGGUUGACAAGCUACUAGAGGCGCCAGUGCUGUGCGUGUGCCACCUGCACAUAUUGAGAGGGCGAGUUCAGCUUCCGGAGCGGAGAGCAAGCUAAGGUCGGCCACCUGCCGGCGAUUGAAGUUCGACCGCGUGCACACAUGCAGGAGGGAAAAGGAGAGCCAAAGGGCGAGAAUGAGGGAGCAUGUAGUAGUAGGUUUCAUGAGCGGGACUGGAGAGGAAGCAUUCAGCAGAGCAGAGCAGAGCUAGCAGAGCAGGAGGUCCGAGAGCAAGACGACUAGACGAGCCGGAGCGAGACGAGCCCGCGCAUGCGUACAAUGUUGGGACGAUUACCCCGGUAGAUUAG